UUCCUGUUAGCAGGAGGAUAAUAUCCCACAAGUAAAGGAUGAAUCCGUGGACUCGUCUUACCAUAGAAGAAAUUAAUUUAUCAGGUAAUCAUAAAUUUACUUUUUAAAGAUCGCUCCGAAACGGGGCCCACAAAACCGCCGCUAUCUUGAAGCCCUGACAGGCUGUAAGAGACCAUGCUGCGCAGCACACGCUGACAAAAAGUUCCACACCAGGAGCGAGUAAAAAAGGAGCAAGUUGAAGCACCAUAAGAUACUACUACAUAUAAUUAUAUAGAACUACUACUGUUCUGCCUGUUCUUUGAUAAAUGCUUAACAUGGUGAAGAUGUCCCUGUACAUAGCACAUUAAAUUCCUAAGCACUUUGAACGCACUGCUUAUGUGAGUUGGACACUUUAACGAUAACAUCCACAACUUAUAUUGAUAGCUCUGCACAACGGAUGUUUGCAAAGAUGGACUUAAUUACCCACUUGAUAUAGGCAGCGAGCUUAAGAUAACAGCCAAUACCCCUAAUCUAGGAACACCACAUCCAUAUUAGCAACUACUAAGCCUCCAGCUUCAAAAACCCAGAUACUGGUCUCUUUGUCAUCAGAAGACGAAGAAAAUGAUACGUCAGAAACCACUCAGAUAUCCACGACUCUAUUACACUCAAUGCCGUCUAAGCAAGAUUUUGAUAACCUGGUGACACAGGUAUGCCAAUGUAUCAAGGAAGAAAUAACUGGCCUUAGAAAAGAGGUUACGGAGAUUGGUCAAAAAGUUGAAGCUUUGGAGGAAGAUAAUGACCUUAACCAGUCAGAGCUAUCCAAUCUACAAACAGCCAACACUCAUGAUCUACAGAUCCUCCAACUUCAAGAUAAAAUUGAAGACCUGGAAAACAGGGAAAGGCGACAGAAUCUCUGAAUCUAUUCUUCCCAACACUCUCUCUGAGUUUCUAACAGGCCUAUUCCCACAUCUCAUGGGCCCAUCUACAACUUACGAUACCACCAUGUAUAGAGCACACAGUGCCCUAAGGCACAAGCCUCCAGAGCAAGCUCCACCGAGAGACGUAAUAUUAAAGUUAAAAGACUUCCAAGCAAAAGAAGAAAUCCUAAAAGCGGCAAGACAGCAGAAAAACAUCACAUAUCAAAAUUGCUGUAUCCAAGUUUAUACUGAUCUCGCACUCUACAGAGGAGGAAGGAAUUUCAACCCCUCACUACAAUCCUUAGAGCACAAGGAAUUUCAUACCAUUGGAGUUUCCCUUGUUUUCUCAUGGUGACACAUCAAGGUGAGAAAUGUAUCUGCAAAUCAAUGAAGGAAGCCUAACCUUUCUGCACCUCACUUGGCAUAUCGCCACCCAAGGGACUUCCUAUAUCGGAUGAUCAGUCCUCCAUGAGACAAUCUACACAGCCUCGACCUCCAAGAGCCCGGGGCAAAUAGCUCCAGCUAAAAAAACUGAAGAAACACCCUGCUGGACCUUCAGAAGAGCAAACUUGACAAUUAGGACACUACAUAAUUUGAUAAAGUACAAAUAUUUCAAAGAGACUGAACAGUCCUGUGGUUCAUAUAGGUUUCCCUCACAUUAAAGGAGCAAAUGGAGUUUGAUGAAGUUCCGGUUUACUACUCUGAUGAGGAAUGGGAUUGCUUAAAUGAAGAACAGAGGAAACUUUAUAAAGAUCUGACGAUCGAGAAUAACCAGAUUCUCAGGUCACUGGUGAGAGAUUUUAAGACAAAGGGUCAAAAAUAUGAUGGUGCGUCCAGGUGGAAGGUGAGGGAACGAGCCGAGAGAUAUACGGUGGAAGAGAAAGAGGUUCUGAUCAGGGAAGUUCUGGCGAGAGAGGACAUCCUGUGGAGUAAAAACCCCUGGAGUGCGGAGAGGAGCAAAGCCUGGAAGGAUAUCACUGCAGCCGUCUGUCGCGUGGGGCGUCUCCGCACAGUCUCUUCGGUUAAACACAGGUUUCAUGACUGCAGGUCAGAGGUCAGGAAGAAGAUGGAACAGGCAGCAGUGGGCAAGGAGGUUACAUUUGCCCACUGGGAGGAAAUGCUGAGGCGCUACUUGCUUGGAGCUUCAACGGCCGACUCCGGAGAGCAGUCUGAGGAGUCACAAUUCCACCAAGAGGAAGAAAUCCAAGAGAGGGAAAAGCCAGCCCUUGUACCGAAAUGCUUAGAGGAGAGCAGUGUGCCCUCUGGUAUGGAGGGACCUCCCCAGCCUGCACCGCCCCUCCAGGAGCAGAGGAAUGACGGCCUUGUGCCACAAGCACCAAUACUUCUGCAGCCUGUGCCAGCAACAUUCACAGACGAGACCCCUCCCCAGUCAGAUAUUGUAAGACAUUUAAGGCUCCUCCGGCAGGAGCAGCAGAGGGAGAUCCGGUGGCAGAUGCGCAUCUAUGCCCAGCAGGAAAGAACCACUCAUCAGCUGUCAACAAUGACUAACCUCCUGCAGCAGCUGCUGAGACACGUGGGGCAGAACAGCAGUGCGCCGCCAGCCACUUACCGGCAGAGCUUCCCCGCAUCUAGCUCCACUCUAGCGUCUGUGCAUUUGAAGUAUGUGAAACGCAGGAUAAAGAGAGAGGCCUCUCGUUCUCUGCAUAAAAAAUAUAAGAAUCACAAACACAUUUAGACAUAAAGAUGAAAAACUGUGUGAGAAAUAUUUGUAUUUGUUAUGGUUUGGUAUUGUUUCCUUUUGUCAUGAAUAAAUGGGCAAUAGUUAUAGGGUUAACUGGACCAGCUGCCGUGUUUUGUACAUUUGUAUAUUGUUAAAUAAAGAUUUUUACAGUU